UUGCAAAUGUUUGACAAGUAUUUAAUAAAUGUGAUGAAUUUUUCGAUAAGUUACACGAUGUUUUUAAAUUAAUCAAACUUCGUUCUACUAAAAUCAAUUUUAAUAUCUUUACUAUUUAAACAAACAAGUCAUAUACCUCUGUACUGAAAAAUGUGUUUUUAAAUUAUGUGACAAACUGUUGAUAUAAACAUGGAAUCAAAUUCUGUAAAAAAGAAAAGCAAUGUGUUCGAUAAUAUUAACACAAAAACAUCGAUCACCUGUACCAAUGUGCCUGAUGGUUUAUUCGAUACGCCAUCGGCCAAGAAACACUUCAGCAAGUUUGGGCGUGUCCAAAAGAUAAAACUUCUUCCUAAGAAACAAAUGUGUAUUGUGGAAUAUGAACAAAUCUCGGGUGCGGAGCAAGCAGUUCUUAAUGCAGGGGCAUUUGAUGGAUUUAUGUUUGAUGUAACUCGAACGAAGACGCGGAUCGGACGGCAUAAAAAAGAUGAAGAUCCUGAAUGGUUACCAGACCCAGAGCUGGAGAAGGAACUAUCAGCUAUGAGAGGUGGUCCUACAUAUAGAGUGCCUCGACAAAAAGCAAUGGAAAUAGACCCUGUUGUAAGAAAUGUCAAAAUUCCAUCUCCGAGGUCGUCCAAAAUGAGUUUUAGAAAAACUAUACAGAUAGCAAGACCAAAAAUAAAGCCACCACCACCACUUUAUAGAGCUCCACCGAGUUCUAUAGAGACACCAGCAGUAAUCACGGCUGCCACAACAACUUUAAGCACUUCCGAAGCAGCGGGUGAAUUGCACCAACUGCGUUCCAGAGUCUCUCAAUCUGCUGAUGAACAGUGGAGAACACUUGAUGCUAGAGACAGGAUCUUACGUAGUUGGGGUGGUGCUGGGUCUAGGGUAAAAGUGGGUGGUGCCACAAUUGGUACUUGUCCAGACAUGUGUCCCGAGAAGGAAUUAUUACACCGGCAAGCUGAACAUCAGGUUAUGACAUUAGAGACGGUAGCAGAUUCGGACGGUCAGUUGGAGGCGUGGCGUGCGGUGAAGCAGUACAGCCGCAGUUCCGCUGACCAGGAGAUACCGAUGUGUUACGAGCUCAGACCGGCACAUGUCCUCGCCAGGACCUGUGCAUAUCUGUUGAAUGAGAUUGCCGAUACUGAUCGACAGGUGACGUUAGCAGAUUGGUUCCAUUUUAUGUGGGAUCGGUUUCGUGGGAUACGUAAAGAUAUAACACAACAGGCGUUGUGUUGUGCAGAAUCAAUUCGUCUGGUAGAGAUGUGCGCACGUUUCCACGCGCACUGCGCUGCUCGACUUGCGGACUUGGCGCACACGCAGUUCGAUCAGAAGCUCAACACGGACAACUUGACCAAGUGCUUACAGACCCUCAAGCAUAUGUACGCUGAUGUUGGCCCUGAACUGAAGCCAAGAGAAGCGGAAUUCAGAGGAUACAUUGCCUUGCUAAAUUUGGGAGACUCCAAUUUUUGGUGGGAGAUAAAACAAUUACCGGAAAAAAUUCAAAAAUCGGAAUCUAUUACAUUUGCAAUACAAGUGUUCACAGCACUGGACAAUAACAACUACAUCAGAUUUUUCCGUUUAGUCAAAGAAAAAGCCAAUUACCUACAAGCAUGCAUUCUUUUGAGAUACUUUAAUGAUGUUAGAGCACGUGCGCUCGCUAGAAUAGUAAAAGCGUAUGCACCAAGAGGUGGCUCUAAGUUCCCAGCUGAAGAUAUAAUGAAAGCAUUGGCAUUUGAGUCUGUAGAUAGUAUGAGAUCAUUCAUAGAUCAUUACGGAUUACGUUUCUCCAAAAAUGACACCGAAUUAACAAUUAUAUUAGAUAGAAACCAAUUCAUAGAAGACAGUGAUCCAUAUCCUUUAUCUAGAGCUGCAAAUCUAAUAGAAACGAAACGGAACAGUAGCGUAGGUGAAGUUAUAGCCGGAGGUCCAGUCCCAAAACAUGACUACCGUAAUCAUGUUCUAUAUUCGAGUUUCAAUAAAGAUGGAACUUUGAAGGAAACCGCGUUGAUAGCAGAAGAUUUGGGAUAUAAUACAAUGAAUGAUACAAAUAAAGAUAUAAAAUUAUUAAAAGCCGAAAUACGAAAGCUUAAUAGUGAUGGUAGAAAUAUUUCUGAUGCGCAAGAUAGUGCAAAAAUAGUGAAAGAGAAUCGGAAAAAUAUCGUUGAUAUAUCACGUCCCAAAACAAUACCAAAAACGAUUCCACCCGUAAGAAAUGAGACUGCAAAAAGAAUAUUUUCAUUCCAACCCGCCUUAUUGGUCGCCCCUGCAGACGUUAUAAAAGUUUUCAAAAUAAAUGAUACGAAAAAUAUUUUCAGUUUUUCCAAACCUCAGCUGGUUACUGAGUCGAAAAUCAAAAUUUCAAAAUCUCAAGAAAUUACUGAGAAUAAAAGCAUUUUUACAUUUUCUAAACCUCCAGAGAUUACUGCAACUAAAAAUGUUUACACAUUUUCCAAACCGCAAGUAGUAUCUGACAGUAAAAUAAACAAGGAAAAUACGGUAUUAAAAACUUAUGUUUUCAAAAAGCCAAUUAUCGUAGAGUACAGUAAAAACCUUGAUCUUAGCAGCGGCGAUGGAAAUAAGUUAAAUGGCGGUUUCAAUUCUUCAGACAGUUUUAAGGGUAAAUCAUCUCUAUUAAAUAAGAGUAUAUCCACUGAUAUCCAAAAUACAGAUGGUAAAUUGUCACCUGGAAGCUUGUUUAAAAAGGCACACACAGAAGCAGAUAAGAUUUUUGACUCUGGGAAGGCAUCAAAAGAUGUUUAUGAAUUUGAAGAAGAGGAUGAUCCAAUCAAAACACUUAGUGAAGAAAAAACUAAAGCAGCUGAGAAGAAAAUGGAAGAGGAAAGAAAAAGGGAAGAGGAAGAGAAAAGAAAGAUAGAAGAAGAGCGAAAAAAUGCAGAGCUUAAAAAGAAAAAAGUUGAGGAAGAUAAAAAAGCAGAGUUGAAACAAAAAGCGGAGAUGGAAAAAGCGUUUAAGGAAACGGUUGAAAAGAAUUCACAAGCAUUAGUUGAUGAACUUAUAGAAGUGCUUACGAAAGAAACAGUUCAAAAUCUAAUUGAAGAAGAGUUACAAAGUUUAAAAGAUGUAAUAGUUAAUUCUGAAAAAGUAAUAGAGGAAUUAUUAAAAGAUUUGUGUAAAGAAAUUUGCACCUCAGAAGUAAAUGCCGAACUAUUUUGGGCGAAGAAAUUGAUGAAGAAAUGGUUUUAUGUUUGGAAGAAGCAGUGCGUUAAAAAUAUCAAAAGACGGAGCUUUCUGGAAGAUACGCCAGUUUGGUUAACAAACUUUACACCUGCUGAGGAAGCUAGAAAUUUGAAUAGAGUUAUGAAAAUUUCACCAUUAAAGAAUAUGAAAAUAUAUGGCUUUAAAAGAUAUAAAGUUACUGAGCCAGAUGAGAUGUCCUCACUGAAACCCUAUAACAUUUUGGAAAUAAUUAGAUCAACACUUUUAAAAAGAAUGAAAGAAAUUAACUAUCCUUAUGAUAAAUGUUUCUUUUGGAAAGUGACUUUAGUAGUUCCAGGAUCUGACAGAUGGCUGUAUAGGAGAGUAAACGUCGAAAGUUGGUUACUAGAAGUUUUAGGCGAUAAAAAUAAGAAAAACAAUAGCGAUGGUUUAAUUAAUGUCUCAAAACAGACAUGGAACAACUUAAUGGAUUUCGCCAUAUCUGUUGGUCUAGUAAACAAAAAGCUAUUGUCAAAACAUCGCGAAGCUAUAGAAGGUACCAAUGGAUUUUUAUUUUAUGCUGAAGAAAAGGAGGUUGACUUAUUGAAUGCUGUUGAAGAAACAAUAAAAUGUAUAUAUUCAUAUCAAUCAGUUCCCGUUGCUGUUGUUGUACCAACAUGGGAUGAAGUGGCCAUAAACAAAAUAAAAGAACAAUUGGACAUGUUAAUAAAUAAAAAUAUAAUAUCCAGUUUUAAAAUAUUUUUAGUGCAAAAGGUCAAAUUAUAUGAAUCUUUGGACUUGUGUACCAAAAGUGCUCUUAAAUGGUUAGCUAAAAAUUGUCCUAAAAGUCCUCCAAUUGAAAUUGAUCACUUAAAAUCAAUAUGCCAAAGAUAUCUUGGUAAUGAAAUAUGGCAAAGAUUAAGAUGUGAAACUGAUAGCAGAAUGGGAAUAGUUAAGCAAGAUUUAAAUAAGCUAGUCAACUGUUAUAAUGUGGCAGUGGAUAAACUGACAGAUGUUAUAACAAAUAUGGAUAUAUUUAAUUAUCCUUCAUUCCCAUUGGAGUUUGAUCAAUACUUAGAUCACAGUUCUCCAUAUCCAAAACCUUAUGAAUUUAUAUCAAGUAGUGUGAAACAGAAUGAAAAUGUGCUAGCAAUUAAAGCAUUUAUGAAAAAGUUAAAAUUAGUGCAGUCGGUCACCGAAUUUAAACCUGUGAACGCUAUUAAUAUGGAACAACAAAUACAAAGUUACUGCAGUCAAGUUGAAUGUUUAGAAAAUCCUCAAAAAGUAGCUUACAAAGUUAUAGCAACACUUCCGAAUGAAUUUUAUAAUACUCAAACACCACCUGCAGAAUUCAAGAAAAUUUUCCAAAAAUAUAGUUUGAUUGAUUUUUUAAAUAUUGUGGUUUAUGAAAAGAUAAACAGUUUGCAUAAUUUUGAUAAUUUAUGUGCCAUUUAUGAAAAAGGGUCACUAGAAGAAUAUCGCAAUGUUCACUGGUUGUACGAUAUUUUCUCUGGUAUGAUGAAGCAUAAAGCUGUAGAUUAUGAUGAGGACAUAGAUCAUUUUAUUAAAGCCAAACGUCGUAAGAUAGAUGUCAAUGAAAUUGAGAAUUCUAUGCUUGAAGAUAAAGAUUACCAAAAGUUUGAAACCAGUUUAGAUGCAGCAAAUGCAAGCAUUACCUCACUAAAAAAUUAUAAGGAUGAAGUAGAUAAUUUAGAAAAACAACUCGAAGAUGAGAAAAAGAAAUCAAAUGUACUUGAUAAUAUGUUACAAAUGGCGUUAUUCAAUACAUAAUAUUGUUUUGCUCAUUGUCAUUUACAAUUAAUUUAUUGUGAAAAUAUAAUAUGAA